UGUGGUGUACGUCAGUAGUUGUGACUCUCAUAUAAGUGGCUGCAGAGACAGAGAGCUGGAGAUCAGACAGACAGAAGGCUGUAUUAUAUGAGACUUUUGCAAAUGCAGCCCAUAGUCUCGUUGGAAUGUUCUACAGCCUAGACGGAGGACUGUUUUCAGCUGUCGUGUAGCUGCCUGUCUCUGUCCUACAGACCUCACUGCCAAGGGUGGAACCUGAGCAAACUCUGGAUCUGGGCUAGCUGCUCAGUAGCUAACUGCUUCCGGCUUGAACGUCACUGGACAUUUUGGCUCUUCAUUUGGCCAGGACUGCAGGCUUUUGCAGCUCUCUUAGAGGGGUGUGGACUGUACAAACAGAGAGAGAUAGAGAAGAGGAGGAAGUAAGGGAAACGGGAAAAAUAAGUUUUAUUUUUUGUGGGAACGAGAUCUCCCUCAACCCUCACGCUGGGGAAGGCGGCGCAACCCCCCCACACCUGUCAUCUUCAUCCCGGCCCCUCCUCACAAACUCUGACCUCCCGCAUUAUCAGGUGGAAAGGCCUCUGCCUCCCUGCCCUUCCCAUCAUGCACCUCAAGACCACCAAGUGUAACGCCUUCUGCCUGGUUGCCUCGGUGACCAACCAGGAAGUGUUUGACAGGCCUGAGUCCCGGGAGAGGCGAAGGUCGAGAGCCGUGCAUCCUCCGAAACACGACCCAACCAAGCCGCACUGCUUUUUGACACAAUGCCCACUUAACCCGGAAGCCAGCCACACCGAUGUGUCGGAGGAAACACCGUACAACUGGCGACCGUGUCAGUGUGCAUGCGCCUGGCCCGGCCCGCCACAGGAGUCACUAAAGCGCGAUGGGACAAGGACAUCUCGGCCGGCCAAACCCUCCCCUAACCCGGACGACGCUGGGCCAAUUGUGCGCCGCCUCAUUGGUCUCCCAGUUGCGGCCGGCUGCGGCACAGCCUGGGAUCAUACCCGGGCCAGUUUUGAGUCUCUGUUCCGCUCCUUCGACCCGGACGUGAACUUCCAGUUCUUUAAGAGUUUCCGGCGUGUGAGAAUCAACUUCAGCGAUGCACUGGCUGCCGCUGAGGCGCGGCUCCGACUGCACAAGAGCGACUUCAAAGGCAAAGAGAUGCGCCUCUACUUCGCACAGUCCGUCCUCAUAGGCAGUCCCCGCCUGGAGCCCCCUAAACCUGACAAACAGUUCCUGAUCUCCCCCCCAGCUUCGCCACCAGUGGGGUGGCAGCAGGCCCCGGACGCCGUGCCCGUCAUCAACUACGACCUUCUCUGUGCCAUCUCCAAACUAGGGCCAGGUGAGAAGUACGAGCUUCACACCGGCACCCCCACCACCCCCAGCGUAGUGGUCCACGUUUGUGAGAAUGAGCAGGACAGCUCGGGGGGCGAAGACGACACAGAAGGAAGCACCAGCAGCAGCAACCGCCCCCCUCGCCCCAAAAUCAUCCAGACACGGCGUCCGGACAUCACCCCCGGCGUCAUGCAGUGAGCAGCAGAGAGAGGGGGCGCUCUAACAUCCACAAAGCAUGUCUCCCACAUCUGCCUCUCAGAAGUCAAUGACAACCUGGCCCUGGGAGGAUGCUGUUGGGACAUGUAAUACAUCCUCUCUAACACUAGGGGGAGUCGCCUCUCAAAGCCCUGCCUUUUCAUGGAGAGAGAGAGAGAAAGGAAAAGAGAGCGAGAGACAUUCAUCUCUUAUCAUUUCACAUUUAAUUUCUCUUUCGUCCUUCAUUUGGAACAAUAUUAGACACUUGAGAGAAAGAGAAGUAGACAGAGAAUAAAGAGCAAGGGAUGUUUUGAAUAUUUUUGCUGUAAAAAAACAGUUUUACUUAAUUUGCUUUGUAACCAUUGUAUAUGUUCAUGGUCAGGCAUGGUAGUGAGAGAGAGAUGUUGUAGUCCUCUCUAGAGAGACACCGGGGGAUCAACUUUCUUUGGAUUCAUUGUGACUUGUAAUUCAGGACCCCGUAACAAACCCUGUCUAUAGACUCAUUUCAUACUGUGUACUGGAUCCAUCAUUUUCUUGUCUAUAAGAUGUGUGCGCAUGCUGCAGUGGAGGCCGGCUUGUAAUAAUGGCUGAAACGGGCCGAAUGGAAUGGCGUCAAACUAUGUGUUUGAUGUAUUUGAUACCAUUCCACCUAUUGCGCUCCAGUCAUUACCACAAGCCCGUCCUCUCCAAUUAAGGUGCCGCCAACCUCCUGUGGAAUGCUGCCAUCACUAGCUCAGCGAUUUACAAUGUUUCACUCAUCAAGGAGUACAAAUGACAUUCUAUUUGAUGACGUCACAAUAGACCUAAUUAUUAUUCAUGAAUAAUUCCUAAUGGUCUUUACUCCAGGCCUAACAUUUGUAAGCAGAACACUUCAAAGUUACUUUCUUAGCAAAUGAACCUGUCAAGGAGUGAAUUCUAUGAAAGGGACUUGUUCAAUAAUAUGUCUCCAAUAAUGACUCCUCUGCUUCCAUAGCAUUGAGAUAUGUUACUGUAUGUUAAUACAAGCUCCUAGUUCAUCCUCCUUUGAUUGACAUAAAUGGCUGCCAUAUCACGCUGAUCACAUGGGGCAAGGAUGGCCUCCUGCAUGGGUCUUCAUAGCUUACUGUACAUUUUUGCUGCACAUCUUCCUGGCCAGUAUGGCUGGUCUCACUUGACUUACACGGCUAUUUUGGGGCCAUUUGGGCUCUGAACUGCAGUUACUGUAGGAGGGUUGGUUGUGUGCGCUGCUGUCAGGGGGAGGGGGGUUCAUAGGUUGUAGUGGGAGGCUUGUGUAGAUGCACUGUGAAAUGUUUAAUGCAUGCGCCAUCACAGCACAUCUGGAAGUUAUCCACCCCAGCGGUUUAGUUGCAUUAGUCAUUUAGCUACUUUUGUACUCGAACUAUUGACAUUCAUUAUAAUACUUUGAAUAAUAAUCUAGUGAGUUAUCAUGUAAUAAAGACUUCACCGCUAAAGUCA